AUGGUGUCAUCAGAUGUGACACCUGAUAAUUGGUACAGUAAGCCAUUAAAUAUGGAUGAUAUCAUUGCUGGUGGAACGUUAAUUCUAUUAGCGAUGAUUUUCUUGCCAGUUUCUAUCAUUAUCGCUUUUGUUUUACAUCGUGAAUCUCACGUAAUUACGGGUUUCCUUUAUUUGUUUAGUGCAUCAAUCAAUAAUAUGUUUUUGCUAUUCAAUUAUGCACUUUGUCCAGGUAUGCUAAUCAUACUGAAACAACACACUCCAACGUAUGGAAGACGACUUUAUCAAAUAUAUCUCGAUACGACGUGGUUUUCCAUGUGCUAUCACACGUUGCUAGUGGCGUGGACACGUUACGUGGCUAUUUGUCGUCCAUGUCAAUUCAGAAAGCAGCGAAAUUCCACCAUUUACAUAUCAUGCCUUAUGUGUUAUGUGAUUGCUUUUGUCCAGUCGUUGAUAGCAUACUUUCAACCUUGGUACGUUACAUUUUAUUAUGAAGCAAGCGCAUAUGGUAUGGUGGCGGAAGAUAUUCAAUUGUAUUUGGAUGGUGGCAAAUCGCAAUUUUUCGUCAUUUAUCAUUUACUAAUAUUCAUUGGAACAUUUUCUCUCUACAGUUAUGCAAUAUUUCUACUUUUCAAAUGUAAUCGUCAAACUCGAAAUAGCUUUGUAACCGUAAAUACAUGUAAUGCAGCACGGCCAAAGAUAAUGCAACAUUGUAAUAUAUUUGCAGGUAUCAGUACUGGUAUGCGAGCUGAAACUAAGUUAAUUUUGCCAUGCAUCUGUAACGCCAUAGUAUUUCUCAUUGGCCAAGUGGUGAUAACAGUUGGAAUUAGUGAAGGUCGCUGGACAAUUUGGCUUAUACUGGUACUUUUCACUCUGACAGCUUCUACUGAUUCAGUUACACUGCUGAUAUUCAGUGGCACAGUCAGGUUUUUCCCUUUUUUUUCUCAGAAUAUUUCACUCAUUCUUAUUCUGCCGAAAGUUCAUCCAUCUGUUCAUGACCCCGAAAUAUAA